AUGCCUUCCAACCGUGUCUCUUACCGCCGCCGCAACCCCUACAACACCACGUCCAACAGGACCCGUGUUAUUAAGACCCCCGGUGGCAAGCUCCGUGUCCUUCACAUCAAGAAGCGCGGUACCGUCCCCAAGUGCGGUGACUGCGGUUCCAAGCUCAUCGGCGUUCCCGCUCUCCGCCCCCGCGAGUACGCCAACAUCUCCAAGCCCAAGAAGACCGUCCAGCGUGCCUACGGUGGUUCCCGAUGCGGUGGCUGCGUUCGUGACAGAAUCGUCCGCGCUUUCUUGAUCGAGGAGCAGAAGAUUGUCAAGAAGGUUCUCAAGGAGCAGGAGGCCAGCCAGAAGAAGAAAUAA